AUGAUUCCCUUGGACAAAGAAAGUGGUACACCGCACUCUUUCCAAGAAACCAUCACUCCUGAUCUUCAUUCUGCAGUCAUGCGGCUCAAACUGUACAUUCCCAGUGAGAAAAAGGCACAUGUGGUUAUUACCAUCCCAUCAUAUUUUUCGGAACAGGAAGAACAAAUUGUUUUUGAUACAUUCCAGGAUCUAGAUAUUUUUCUCCCAUACCCUAUCCGCCAUGCAGAAAUUUUCCAUCAUGCUUUAGCUGCGGGGAGAAGGUAUUGGUCACCCAGAAAUGAGCUUGUGCUAAAUAUAGGAGAUAAUCAUGCAGGAGUACAGCUCUGCAUGAGUGAUAGUGAAGACGGAAUUUUUUCGACCAAAGUAAUUGCUGGCAUUGUAUGUGAUGCCACUGUGGAAGGCAUACUCCAGAGCAUUCAUAGUGUGUUACAAACACUAGAAACAAAGUCACUAACUACUGGACCAGAUCUUCAUGCAUUCCUUACAACCCAUCUUCCAACAAAACCUACGCAAAGUUUGGUCACAGAGUUAUCCAACAAACUUCCAUCCCUUGCAUUUUUUUGCUUCACAACUACUACUCCUGAGCUCCAAGCAGCAGAGGAAGCAUUCAGGAGAAUCACAGCCCGAGCUCCAUUGUUCAUCAGCAGCCUGACUUCUCUUCGUUUGGGCAUUGAAACUGUUUGCAAGAAUGUGUUAUGCAUACUUAUUCCAAAAACCACAUCUGUUCCUCGCAUAUGCUUCAGAUACAUGGUAGUUUCUGGUGAUACUGCAACAGUAAAUCUGGUUGCUGGAGGUCCACUGCAUCGGGUACCUCUGGGAACAAUCAAUAUAACAGGAGUCACAGUUGGCCAGAAGGUGUUGAUUUCUCUGGAAAUUGAUGAGCACAUGAGCGGAAACAUGCUUGUUUCAGAGGUUCUGUUAUCAGGAGGAAGAGGAAAUCUAUUAGGGCAUAUAGUGAUAGAGUCAAUAGCAGGGGGGACUAAAUCGGUGGGAGUUAAAUAG